CUGGUGAAGGAAGGCCCACUUAUAUCCAAAUGGAUCAAUGACCCAAAUACCAAUUAACCUAAAAAUGGAACCCUAAUCGCGCUCUGUGUCAUCUCAACUGCUAACCGGUCUUAACUCGGAAGCUCCAGCCUUCCGCAGUCCAUCAGCAGCCAAAAACUUGCAGAACGAAGACAUGUUGGAAAAGGAAACAAACCCAGUUUUCAAUAAGUCAACUGGCUUACCUCGAAAGCGUUUCUAUCGAGCUCGAGCUCACAGCAACCCGCUAAGUGAUUCUCACUUCCCUGUUCCAGUUUCCCCUUCUCAUGUUGAUUAUUCCCUUCACUAUCCUCAGUUCUUUGCGUUGCCUGAUCAAAUGAAUGAUUCAAAAAGGAUCCAGUUUGCAGAUAUUGGUUGUGGUUUUGGAGGACUUCUAAUUAGUCUUUCAACCCUUUUCCCCGAAACUUUGAUGAUCGGAAUGGAACUGAGGGAUAAAGUGUCAGAGUAUGUCAAAGAACGAAUUUCUGCGUUGAGGGUGUCAAAUCCAGGUCAAUACCAAAAUAUCUCAGUGGUUCGAACUAACUCUAUGAAAUACAUCCCAAAUUACUUUGAGAAAGGGCAACUUAUGAAGAUGUUUUUCUUGUUCCCUGAUCCUCACUUUAAGGAGAAGAAUCAUCGUCGCAGAGUGAUCAGUCCACAUUUGUUAGAUGAGUAUGCUUAUGUUCUUGGCAUUGGUGGGAUUAUAUACACAAUUACAGAUGUGGAGGAGCUUGGAGACUGGAUGAAGUCAUGUUUAGAAAGUCACCCAAUGUUUGAACCACUUACAGAUGAAGAGCUUGACGCAGAUCCAGUGGUAAAGCUCUUGAGUUCUGCAACCGAGGAAGGGCAAAAGGUUGCUCGGAAUGGAGGACAGACCUUCCAAGCAGUUUUUAGACGCAUCCUACCAACUGAAUGAUACAAUGAAGAUGAUAAAAUGAUAUCAUGUUCAGUUAUUCAAGAUGUUUAGCUUGGUUAAGUCAUUCAAGACGUUUAGCAUGGUUAAGUAUUGGAAUUGUAGUUGGUUACUCAGUUUAUCAUCAUCGGUUCUCUUCUUCUUGAUCGUUUGCUUUUUGAAAGUGUUUGAUUGGUCGAGUGGCCAUGAAUUUUUGCUUUGUGUCAUGGAAACACAACAGAGAUUACACUCCAUUUUUUUUUAUCUCA